AUGGCUCCCUCAAGAGAUGUCGAGUCCCAGCAGGCUGACCGAACAUGCACAGGCUCCAUCUUCUCCGUAUCGGGUCCCGUCAUCAUCGCCGAGAACAUGAUCGGUGUCGCCAUGUACGAACUCGUCAAAGUUGGCAAGGACGGUCUCGUUGGUGAAGUUAUCAGAAUCGACAAUGAUAAGGCCACCAUCCAGGUCUACGAAGAGACCGCUGGUGUCACUGUUGGUGACCCCGUCUUCAGAACUGGCAAGCCCUUGUCCGUCGAGCUCGGUCCCGGUUUGAUGGAGACCAUUUACGAUGGUAUUCAGCGUCCUCUUAAGGGUAUCUCGGACGUCUCCAACAGCAUCUACAUUCCCCGUGGUAUCGACGUGCCCGCUCUGGACCGUGAAAGAAAGUGGGACUUCAAGCCUGCUGGCUACAAAGUUGGCGACCACAUCACUGGUGGUGACGUUUUCGGUUCCGUUUGGGAAAACUCGCUGCUCAGCGACCACAAGAUUCUCCUUCCUCCCAGAGCUCGCGGUACCAUCACCCGUAUCGCAGAGGCUGGAAGCUACACCGUCGACGAGAAGAUUCUCGAGGUUGAGUUCGAGGGCAAGAAGUCCGAGUACAGCAUGAUGCAGGAGUGGCCCGUCCGUGUCCCUCGUCCUGUUAACGACAAGCUCGGCUCCGACUCGCCCUUCAUUGUCGGUCAGCGUGUCCUCGACGCUCUCUUCCCCAGUGUUCAGGGUGGUACUGUCUGUAUUCCUGGUGCUUUCGGUUGUGGCAAGACUGUCAUUUCUCAGUCUGUCUCCAAGUUCUCCAACUCUGACAUUAUUGUCUACGUCGGAUGUGGUGAACGUGGUAACGAGAUGGCCGAAGUCUUGAUGGACUUCCCCGAGCUCACCAUCGACGUCGACGGCAAGAAGGAGCCUAUCAUGAAGCGUACCACUCUUAUCGCCAACACCUCCAACAUGCCCGUCGCUGCCCGUGAGGCUUCCAUCUACACUGGUAUCACCGUCGCCGAGUACUUCCGUGACCAGGGUAAGGACGUUGCCAUGAUGGCUGACUCCUCUUCUCGUUGGGCUGAGGCUCUUCGUGAGAUUUCUGGUCGUCUCGGAGAGAUGCCUGCUGACCAAGGUUUCCCUGCUUACCUCGGUGCCAAGCUUGCAUCUUUCUACGAGCGUGCUGGCCGUGUCACUGCCCUUGGUAGCCCUGACCGCAAGGGCAGUGUUUCCAUCGUCGGUGCCGUCUCACCUCCUGGUGGUGAUUUCUCAGACCCUGUUACCAGUUCUACCCUCGGUAUUGUACAGGUCUUCUGGGGUCUCGACAAGAAGCUUGCUCAGCGUAAGCACUUCCCUUCGAUCAACACUUCGCUCUCUUACUCCAAGUACACCACCUCGCUUGAGAAGUUCUACCAAGAAAACAACCCCGAGUUCCCUCGUCUGCGUGACCGCAUCAAGGAGCUUUUGACCACUUCCGAGGAUCUUGAACAGGUCGUGCAACUGGUCGGAAAGUCUGCUCUUGGUGAUGGUGACAAGAUCACUCUUGAUGUUGCAACCCUUAUCAAGGAAGACUUCCUGCAACAAAACGGUUACAGUGAUUACGAUCAGUUCUGCCCUCUAUGGAAGACUUUCUGGAUGAUGAAGAACAUGAUGAGCUUCCACGAUGAAGCUCAGAAGGCCAUCUCCCAAGGCCAUGCCUGGAGCAAGGUCAGAGAGACUACUGGUGAGAUCCAGAGCGAACUCAGAAGCAUGAAGUUCGAGCUUCCGGAUGAUGGUGAGGAGAAGGUUGUCAAGAAGUACGAGGACCUUUUGCAGAAGAUGAACGAGAAGUUCGCUUCCGUCAUGGACGAGUAG